AUGCAUGGAACUCUACCAUCCUCAGUCGUUCUCCGUAUUGCGGGGACCCUUCCCCCACGAGCAGAUGCGGGUGAGGAUCGUAUUAUUUGGGGUUUUUCAGACAAUGGAAGCUUUUCUACAAAAACGGCGUAUCAAUCUCUGCUUCAUCACGAACGCGAUCAGGAUCGACCACUUUGGAGGGUGAUUUGGCGAGCCCCCGCACCUCAACGAGCUCGAACCCUUCUAUGGUUGGUAGCUAAAGACCGCUUACUCACAAACGUAGAGCGGCUGAGGAGGCACAUCUUGGUUUCCGAGGCCUGCGACCUAUGUGGGGAACCAAAGUCGGUGCUCCAUGUUGUACGAGAUUGUCCGACAGUGAAAGACCUCUGGAAAAGAUUAGUGCCGAAAGAGUAUACAAGACGAUUUUUUCAGCAUCCCAUCAAGCAAUGGAUCAUGUCGAAUUUAUUAUACCAGCAGAUAGGGACGGGGACUUCAUGGAGUAGCGUGUUCGUCAUCACAGUUUGGUGCUCGUGGAAAUGGAGAAAUGAACAGAUUUUUAAAAACGCUAAACCGAGCAGUGAGGCGAAGAGGCUCUGUGACUCCGAAGGAUCAAACCUUUGUGCCAACCUCAUUAUUCAGUCUGGAUACCAACAAGAUAACAGAGGAUAUGAUCAUCAAGGUGGUAGAUGGAGGUUCAAUGGAAACAGUCGUGGCAGAAAUGAAAGAGGUCGAGGCUCUUAUAGAGAAAGGGGUGGAAGGAAUGACAACGAGCCUAUGUAUGUAUAUCAAGUCUGCAGCAAGGAAGGUCAUACAACAAAUAGAUGCUACUACCACUAUGAUUCUAGCUACAAUGGUUUUCAACCUCAGAAAGACUUCAAUGCUCGAAACCAGGCCCUCUAUGCAGACUGUACUUCUAGAAUCUCCAACUGA